GUUUAAACUCUGCUUCCAGGUCACGGAGGGGGUGUGGCAGCCCAUGCAGAGCAGCAAGUGGUGAUGGCCGGCUCCCGAAACUGCUGCCGCCGCUCCUUUUGAUCCCAAUGGCCACCGCAACACCAAAGGCUUCUUCGGAAGCAACUAUGGACCAACGGUUGCAGCAGGCCCAAGCCUUCAAGAAGGAAGGGAACCACUGUUACAAAGAAGGGCGUUUGCGGGCUGCCGUGAGCCGCUAUCACUGGGCCUUGCUGCAGGUGAAAGGACUGGAUCCCAGCGUGCCUUCGCCUUUGCAGGAGUUUGGUGCAGAGAGGCCUCUUGUGACACCGGAACAGGAAAAGGAACUCCACAGCACCCAAAGCGACUGCUACAACAACCUUGCUGCGUGCCUCCUACAAAUGGAACCUGUGAACUAUGAGCGGGUGAAAGAGUACAGUCUAAAAGUCCUAGAAAGGCAGCCGGAGAACCCCAAGGCGCUAUACCGAGCUGGAGUGGCUUUCUACCACCUGCGGGAUUACGACAGAGCCCAGCACCAUCUACUGGCAGCAACCAGCAAGCAGCCCAAAGAUGCCAACGUGAAGCGUUACCUGCAGCUGACGCAGUCUCAGCUGAACAGCUACCACAAAAAGGAAAAGCAGUUGUACAUGGGGAUGUUCGGCUAGAGGCGACAGGUCCUCCCUGAAAACACCUGGAUAUGGCCUAGUGUUGGCUCCUGGUUUUGUGGGCCAUAUGUGGCUAUUGGCUUCAGAAGCAUCAGAUGACGCAGUGCCUUGGGAAACGUGUUUCAUUACCAAUUGAGCCUGGGAAAGUGUGAGUGACAGAGACCUUCUUCAACAUUUCCUUCCCUACCCAAUGUUGCUGUUUUUGGGUGCGGAACGGCUUGGGGAUGGACUGCCCAACCCCUAAACGAUUCCCUCCUUUCCAUUGCAGCUAUAAUAGGAACUACCGGCUAGAUUUGCUCUGUUUCGUUUUUUCCCUUCCACCUCACUGUUUCAUAAAAGUAUUUUGGGAAAUGUAA